GGGGGAUGAAAGCGACCAGUGUGCGUGUGUGUCCAACACGGAGAGAUGUCUGGGUGCUGCAGUACCGCUGUGAUCUAUCUAGGUAUUGGAUUUUGUUUGACGGCAGUUAUCAGCCAGACCGCAGGACAGACCGCUAAAGUACCAUGGACGCGAGAAAAGCUGUUCCACAAGCCCAGUUUGAUGACCACACAAGACACCCAGCGAGUCUUGGCACAGACUGAUGUCACCCGGAUGUGGCACAAUGACCUCCGACCCCUGCUGGUGCAGAGAUACCCCAGCUCAUCGGGCAGCCUUGCUGUGCGCCAGCACAUUUUGAACAGGCUGGGAUCACUUCGCGCAGGCUGGAAGACAGAAGAGGAUACAUUCCAGGCGGACACUCCCUAUGGUCCGUUGACCUUUUCCAACAUAAUCGCCACCGUGAACCCAGCAGCCAAGCGGCGUCUCGUGCUAGCCUGCCACUACGACUCCAAGUACUUCCCUCCGCAGCAGAGCGGCCGCCAGUUUGUUGGAGCCACUGACUCAGCAGCACCGUGUGCCAUGCUGCUAGAACUGGCACAGGCUCAAGACGAAGAGCUCCUGUCACGAAAGACUUCCAAUCCAGACCUCUCUCUGCAGUUUAUUUUCUUUGAUGGAGAGGAGGCUCUGCACCAGUGGUCCUCCACAGACUCUCUCUAUGGUUCACGACACCUGGCCCAGAAGAUGGGAUCCACUUCACACCCGCCUGGCUCCAGGGACACGACCCAGCUGCACGGAAUAGAUCUGUUUGUGCUGCUGGAUUUAAUUGGUGCUCCCAAUCCCCGCUUCGGCAGCCAGUUUGCAAACACUGCGAGAUGGUUCACAAGACUGCAGAAUAUAGAGCGCCGGCUGCAUGGGAUGGGUGAGCUGAAGAACCACCACGCUGAAAAUGAAUAUUUUUGGCCUAACAUUCGUGUUGGGCCUGUCGACGACGAUCACGUACCGUUUUAUAAUAGAGGAGUUCGGAUUCUUCACUUGAUACCAACGCCUUUCCCUGCAGUCUGGCACACCAUGGAUGACAAUGAAGAAAACCUGGACUCCUCCACCAUUGAAAACUUGAAUAAGAUUCUCCAAGUCUUUGUGCUGGAGUACCUGAAGCCGUAAAGCAACAAUAGCUGUCAUCUGUUGGGUUGAGGCAAUGAAAUAUCGCUACAUAUGUCAUUAACAUAUUGCAUUACAUACCGCUUUGUAGUUUCCCAUAUACUUAAUGAAAAACUGACAUUUUGAAAUCUAGCCUGA